AUGGGUACUGCCAGCGGUGCCGUGGCCCUGCUGCUGGUGGUGCUAGGAGCCUGCGUCUCCAGCUCCAGUGGGCAGCUGCAGGUGGGGUUCUACUCCAAGUCGUGCCCCAGCGCCGAAUCCACCGUCGCGUCCGUCGUCCGGGGAACCGCCGCCGCCGACUCCACCAUCCUCCCCGCCCUCCUCCGUCUCCAGUUCCACGACUGCUUCGUCAGGGGGUGCGACGCGUCGGUGCUGAUCAAGGGCGGGAGCAACAACGCGGAGGUGGACAACAACAAGCACCAGGGGCUCCGCGGGAUGGACGUCAUCGAGAACGCCAAGGCGCAGCUCGAGUCGGAGUGCCCCGGCGUCGUCUCGUGCGCCGACGUCGUCGUCCUGGCCGCGCGCGACGCCGUCGCAUUCACCGGCGGGCCGUCGUUCGACGUGCCGACAGGGCGCCGCGACGGGAAGGUGUCCAACGUGCGGGACGCUGACGUGCUGCCGGACGUGCGCGACUCCGCCCAGGUGCUCCGCUCCAAGUUCCGAGCCAGCGGCCUCGACGACAAGGACCUCGUCCUCCUCAGCUCGGCGCACACGGUGGGCACGACGGCGUGCUUCUUCAUCCAGCAGCGGCUCUACAGCUUCCCGCUCCCGGGCGGCGGGCUCGGGUCAGACCCGUCGAUCCCGGACGGCUUCCUGUCAGAGCUCAAGUCCCGGUGCGCGCCGGGAGACUCCAACUCGCGCGUCUCCCUGGACCGCGGCAGCGAGAGCGUCUUCGACACCUCCAUCCUCCGCAACAUCCGCAACGGCUUCGCGGUCAUCGCCUCCGACGCGGCGCUCUACAACGACACCAGCACCGUCGACGUGGUGGACUCCUACUCGGGCCUCCUCAGCACCAUCUUCGGGCCCUACUUCCGCCAGGACUUCGCGGACUCCAUGGUGAAGAUGGGCAGCAUCGGCGUGCUCACCGGCAGAGAGGGGAAAUUUAGUGGGUUCAUGUGA